ACAAGACUCAGUGUUAUUACCAUAUCACUUAACUUGAUCAAACACAUUGGUAUAUAAACAAUCCUAGUUUUCCCAUUCCACAACACUCUCCCUCCAGACAAAACUCCCCACUUUUUAUCCUUUUACUUUGCUGCCAUGGCAGUUGCAGCAGAGUUCUCCCCAAGAACAAGUCUUGCUAACUCACAGCUUUCCUUUUACAAGUCCUCAGUUCAGCACUCCUUCUAUAAACAGCUUAGUUAUAGAAGUUUUAGCCAGGCUCAAAACCCAAGAAUUGUUUGCUCUGUCUCAGCAAAGCAAGCUGAAGCAUCAGUUGCUGUGAAAAGUGAUGAUACCAAGAGAAAACCUGAAUGCUUUGGGGUCUUUUGUCUUACUUAUGAUCUUAAGGCCGAAGAAGAGACCAAAUCAUGGAAGAAAAUGAUCAACGUUGCUGUUUCAGGUGCUGCAGGGAUGAUUUCUAAUCAUUUGCUUUUUAAACUCGCAUCUGGUGAGGUUUUUGGUCCAGAUCAACCUAUUGCACUAAAACUCUUGGGAUCGACAAGGUCAGUUGAAGCUCUUGAAGGCGUUGCCAUGGAACUAGAGGAUUCCUUAUUUCCGUUGCUUAGAGAGGUGAGCAUUGGCAUAGACCCCUAUGAAGUGUUCCAAGAUGCCGAAUGGGCACUAUUAAUUGGAGCAAAGCCAAGAGGACCCGGAAUGGAGAGGGCUGGCUUAUUAGACAUAAAUGGUCAGAUUUUUGCAGAACAGGGAAAAGCUCUAAAUGAAGUUGCUUCACGUAAUGUCAAAGUGAUGGUUGUUGGCAACCCCUGUAACACCAACGCAUUGAUCUGCUUGAAGAAUGCUCCUAAUAUUCCUGCAAAGAAUUUUCACGCUUUGACUAGAUUAGAUGAAAAUAGAGCAAAGUGUCAGUUAGCUCUCAAAGCAGGGGUCUUUUAUGAUAAAGUAUCUAAUGUGACCAUCUGGGGAAACCACUCUACUACGCAGGUUCCAGAUUUCUUGAAUGCCAAAAUAGAUGGCUUACCAGUCAAAGAGGUCAUCAAGGAUACCAAAUGGUUAGAAGAAGACUUCACUCAAAUGGUCCAAACGAGAGGUGGUGUUUUGAUUAAAAAAUGGGGAAGAUCUUCUGCUGCAUCUACUGCUGUAUCAAUUGUUGAUGCCAUAAGGUCACUUGUAACUCCAACCCCUGAGGGUGAUUGGUUUUCGACUGGAGUCUAUACUACUGGGAAUCCUUAUGGUAUAGCCGAAGAUAUAGUUUUUAGCAUGCCAUGCAGAUCCAAGGGUGAUGGUGACUAUGAACUAGUGAAAGACGUAAUAUUUGAUGACUACCUUUUCGAGAGAAUAAAGAAGAGUGAGGCGGAGUUGCUUGCAGAGAAGAAAUGUGUAGCUCAUCUUACAGGAGAGGGUAUUGCAGUCUGCGAUCUACCCGGGGACACAAUGCUUCCUGGAGAAAUGUAGAAGUUAUCACACAAAAGUUGUAUUUAGAAUUUUUGCCUGGUACCAAGCAGACAUACUCCGUGAGUCUACAUCGGGAGGCAAUACCGUUACCACAAGAAAUUUUAAUUUAUGCCGUAGAAUAAAUUUGCAGCUGUUAAUAGUUCUCAUCUGUAGUAAAGUUACAAAUUUAAGACAGUUGAUAAGUUUAAAAUGGUGCUCAGGAAAUUUGUACGCCCGCAGAAACAUGUAUAUUUGAUUCUUGUAGUUUAUGCAUAUCUUUAUCUAUGCUUUAAGGCUGGGGCCUGGAAGUAGACAUUUCGUACUCUGUAGCUAGAGAGGUACAAUGUAAAUGUUUGCAAAAAAAUCAGCUGUGCAAUGUAAUUUGUGAACCUAUUAAUUCA